GUGACCAUUCUGUAGCUCGGCAGCUGGCCGCUAGAAAAGAGAGAGCAUUGCGUUGCGAUGUAGUGUGGUGUUCUUGCGGAAAAGUGCGAGGAAAAGGCCCGGUGGACCGGCCGCUUUCUCGUGGCGAGAGCGUGAGCGCCCUGAAGGACGCUGAUGUUUCGGAACAUGUCCCGGAUGGGUCGGCACCGCCACCGGACACCGGCGCUGUGGGCAACGGUCGCGGUAAUCUUCUGGUCCUGCGGCUUGGCGCGCUUGGAGGCAUCUCCGAAUCCAGAGGAUGAAGACUCUAGUACAGAUCUCAGCAUCGUAGAUGUCGAUGGUUGGGGACCCUGGGGCAGUUGGAGUCCCUGCUCGAGGACUUGCGACGGAGGUGUAAGCAGUCGGUCCCGGCGAUGCCUAGCCCGCGGCGGAUGCGUGGGCGAAUCCACCAGAACGCGGAUCUGCAACAUGCAGGCGUGCCCGGAACCCGUGGACUUCCGGGCUGCGCAGUGUGCGGCCUUCGACCGGGUCCCGUACCGCGGCCGCCUGUACGAAUGGACGCCCGUGCAGGACCCCAGCGACCCGUGCAGCCUGACGUGCCAGGCGCGCCAGUUCAAGUUCAUGGCCAAACUGGCGCCCAGGGCGCAGGACGGCACGCGAUGCCGCGAGGGAGCGCUCGACAUGUGCGUCCAGGGAAAGUGCCUCCCCGUGGGCUGCGAUCUGGAGCUGGGCUCACUGGCUGAGGUCGACGAGUGCGGCAUCUGCGGCGGCAACGGAACAUCCUGCAAGGCGCCCAUCUUCUCUUGGGCCGAGGCACCAUUCUCUCCUUGCUCGGCAACCUGCGGUGGAGGCUACCAGGAGAGCCACCCAGUGUGCACGUCGUCAGACACGGGCGCCGAAGUGGACGACCGGCUCUGCGACGUGGACUCCCGGCCGGACUCCAGGGUCCGAGCCUGCGGAAGCAACCCCUGCCCACCUGGGUGGGAAAUGGGCGAAUGGAGCGAGUGCAGCGCGUCUUGCGGCGGCGGCAGGCAGGCGCGCAACGUGUCUUGUGUGCGGCCCUCAGCGGCUGUGGGCUCGGCCACGGCGGCUGUGGCUGACCACUUCUGCCCCGGACAGAGGCCGGUCGACACGAGGCCCUGCAAUGCGCACCCCUGCUCGCGUUGGACCGAGGGCCAGUGGUCACAGUGCUCGGCUACGUGUGGCGUGGGCACGCAGACACGGGCGGUGGAGUGCCGUGACAUUCGUGGCCGUAAGAGCCACCUGUGCGACCCCAAGAGACGGCCGCGGUCCAAGCAGCAGUGCUCGUCGGGAAACCCUUGCUUCUUCAAGGGAAAAGAGUUUGGAUCUCAAGAAGACGCUCCUCCUCAAGGUUUUGCACCCUUCAAUGUACCCUCCAAACCCCACCACCAGUCACCGGAACCAAGCUUCAUCGUCGGGGACUGGGGAUCCUGCAGCGUCACAUGCGGCGAUGGCGUCCAGAAGCGAUCCGUGGAAUGCAAGAUCUUUCUCGAGUUCUCCCGCACGAUGGCGAAGUUGCCCGACAAGGAGUGCACUGGCAUCCGUCCGGCAGAGAUGCAGCGCUGCACGAUGCGUCCUUGCGCCCUGGACCAAAACCGGGGCGAGUCCGAAGAGGACGAAGAGGCCGACGAAGAAGGGGACGGCGCUGAUGGCGUCGGCAUCGAGACCAAACCGGAAGCGCCAUACUCGUGGCGCUCAGCGGGGUACACGCCCUGCUCUGCCUCCUGUCUGGGAGGCAUUCGCGAGUCCUUGGUAGAAUGCGUUCGCAACGCGGAUGGCCAGCCGGUGAGCUACGUCUUGUGCGACAUAAAAGAAAAACCUGAGACCAUCACAGAGACGUGCAACAACAUGCCGUGCCCUCCAAGGUGGAACAUGUCCGACUUCACGCCUUGCACCAAGCCCUGCGGCGGCGGUUCGCAGUGGCGCAGCGUGCAGUGUGUGCACGAAGUCACCAGAGGCGUGGGGAACACACUCGUCGUCCACGACAGCCACUGCCCGGAUCCCAGGCCUCUGGAACGACGAAUGUGCAACCUGGUCGACUGCGUGGCUCGAUGGAAGCCGGACAAGUGGACCAAGUGUUCCAAGAGCUGCGACGGCGGAGUCAAGACUCGCAAGAUUCGCUGCCAGAGGGAGCUGGCGUACGGCAGCGUGGCCGAACUGCCGCCUUCCAAGUGCGCAUCGAGGCGCAAGCCCCGUGCCGUCAAACCCUGCAACUCCAAACCCUGUCGAGGAGUCAAAGGUUCCGUGCAGGGCGGACCCGAAAGAAAAGUAUCCCUGACUGCCGAAGGAGCAGCGUCCGUGUAUCGGGGAACGACGCUCAAGAUGCGUUGUCCAGGUGUCGUCGUCAAUGCUUCCACCGACGUCAGUAGCCGAGUGAAGUGGCUGAAGGACGGCGCGCCCGUGAAGGCAUCCUCGCGUCGCAUCGCCGUCUCAAGAAAGGGGGCGCUGCGGAUCCGCAAGAUGGACUUCGAUGACUCGGGCGUCUACGUCUGCUCGACGGGGACCUCCACGGGACAGCUCAUACUCUCCGUCAAGCCGCUCGCCUCGGAAUCUCCGGCCAAAGGUGUGGAUCAAGAGACAUUCAGUACAAAAGACCUGCGAGGAAUUGGCGUAAAACGCCCCAAAGGUGUUGACUUGCCUGCCUACAUUAAUGGUGUCGACGACGCCAAGAACAAGAAGGGAUCCAAGGUCCGCGAGGGCCAGGCGAUCCACGAGGUCAAAGGUACGCUCGAGGAUCCCAACGGCUCGGUCGGGAGCAGGCGAGCUACCACGGCGGCCUCUACCAUUCCUAGCAUUCAGACGCUGCUUUCGGACUUCCACAAAAGACUUGGCGGAGGAAGCAACCAAGUGAAGCCCGAAACCCUCGCAUCUGAGGACGAUGACGACGCCCUGAUGCACAACAGCUACGUCCUCGGCCGAGGCAAUGCGGACAGCUUGCUGUUCGAGUGGGAGACAACGCCUUGGUCCCUCUGCUCGCAGACUUGCGGAGGCGGCGGACUGCAGGUGCGUGUGGCCCAAUGCAUGGUUCGUCUGCACAACGUAUCAAAGACCGUGGACAAUACGCUCUGCGUGGAUGCCGGAAUGGAUGCGCCACUGAUAAUUCAGAGCUGCGGAACAGACAGCUGUCCACGCUGGGUGGCAGGUCCCUGGACGGAGUGCACAAAAGGACACUGCCUGGGCCUCAGCCGUGCAGUUCAAGAGCGGCCGGUGAACUGUCGACUGGCCAACGACACCAUCGUGGAGGACGAACACUGUGAUCUCACAAUUAGGCCUCAGGAUCAGCAAGAGUGCUUCAGCGAACUCUGCAGAGGCGUCUGGAAGGUCGGCGAGUGGUCCGAGUGCACAGCGACUUGCGGAGAGAGUGGCUUUCGAACGCGUAUCCUGCGCUGCGUGUGGUACGGCACGGACAAGCCCGCCGGAGACUCGUGUCGCAAUCACGACCGACCAGAAGUGCUCCAAGGCUGCGAGGCUCCACCGUGCGACGCAGCCAGGCAAAAUUGCGAAGACCACUCGCGCAACUGCCAAAUGAUCCGCCAGUUCCGCAUGUGUCACAUGAAGAACUACCACGACCUCUGUUGCGCCACCUGCGAGCGCAGCUAGAAGCUUAUUCUUCUGCCGGUUCCCACCUCUGGACGACUGCCGCGCUUCGAUGGCUGCCCGGCUCCGCCAGCACCCUGACCCAGUCGAAGAAGCAGUUGUCCAAAACGUCGCCGCCAGACACCGCUUGGUCAACCACCGUGAUCGACCAUAGCGGCAACGUCUUCGUCGCGUUUGCGUUUUUGUUCUUCGAGCUGAUUACCGAAAAAUGAUGACGUCAGAUGAGAUGUUGCGUACGUGUGGCGAUGUUUCGUGGAAAAGCCUCCCCCAGUGUGUGUUCCUUGCGAGAAGUUGUGUAGGAUGUGGCGCAGUCAAUGUACAGGUUUCAGAAUGCGCUGCAACCAGCGGUACCAGA